AUCCCGUGGCAAUCGCUGCAAUCCAGGAGCUGCCAGGAGCUCCCUGCGAGUCCCGGCAAACUUUUCCUCAGCCCACGUGCUAGCUAGGCAGCUGGCUCCCAGAGCCCGAAAUGGAGCGCAGCGGCUAGGCACGCCGCGCCGCCGGAGACGUACGUGCGCACGGUUCAUGGCGGAAAGAUGCUGGUCUCGCUGAACUGACCAGUACGGACCCCGGGUUGUUGGCGCUCUUCCACUGUGUCCUCUUCAACAGCGCGGCUAGCUCCUCGGAUGAGCUCUCCAGUUCCUCGACUUUGAGAGACCUCUCUCCCCCGCCCGACCGCCCAGAUGCAGUUUCGCCUCUUCUCCUUUGCCCUCAUCAUCUUGAAUUGUAUGGAUUACAGUCACUGCCAAGGCAACCGAUGGAGACGCAGCAAGCGAGCUAGUUAUGUAUCAAAUCCCAUUUGCAAGGGUUGCUUGUCUUGUUCAAAGGACAAUGGGUGCAGCCGAUGUCAACAGAAGCUGUUCUUCUUUCUUCGAAGAGAAGGGAUGCGUCAAUAUGGAGAGUGUCUACAUUCCUGUCCCUCGGGAUACUAUGGACACCGAGCCCCAGAUAUGAACAGAUGUGCAAGAUGCAGAAUAGAAAAUUGUGAUUCUUGCUUUAGCAAAGACUUUUGUACCAAGUGCAAAGUAGGCUUUUAUUUGCAUAGAGGCCGCUGCUUUGAUGAAUGUCCAGAUGGUUUUGCACCAUUAGAUGAAACCAUGGAAUGUGUGGAAGGAUGUGAAGUUGGUCAUUGGAGUGAAUGGGGAACCUGUAGCAGAAAUAAUCGUACAUGUGGAUUUAAAUGGGGUCUGGAAACCAGAACACGGCAAAUUGUUAAGAAGCCAGCAAAAGACACAAUACCAUGCCCGACCAUUGCUGAGUCCAGGAGAUGUAAGAUGGCUGCGAGGCAUUGUCCAGGAGGGAAGAGAACACCCAAAACAAAGGAGAAGAGAAACAAGAAGAAGAAGAGGAAGCUCAUAGAAAGAGCCCAAGAACAACACAGUGUGUUCCUAGCGACAGACAGAGCAGCUAACCAGUAAAAUAAGAGACACGUGCGAAGAUUUGGGGUGGGUAGGUGGGGUUUGUUUUUGCAAAAGUGCACAAAGCUACUUUCUACUCCUGCACACCGGUGUGUACAGCAUUUGUGCUGCUUCUUCCAGUCUACAGUAAUAUUGUGAAAGGAAGCGCCGCUAGCGUGGUCUCUGUGUUAUUUAUGCAUUGAUUUGGAUCUGGAGACUCUGGAGGCAAGAG